GGGUGCCCGAGCCGAGGACGGAGAGGGAUGCCUCCAACUGGUCCACGGAGCGGCUGAAAGCUCUCCUCCUGCCUGUCAGGGUGGAGGGUGAGGAAGGGGCGUGUGAGGUGACAGAAGUGAGCAAACUGGAUGGAGAGGCCUCCAUUAACAACCGCAAAGGGAAACUUAUCUUCUUCUAUGAGUGGGCUAUCAAGCUGGCAUGGACUGGCACCUCAAAGACAGGAGUGAAGUACAAAGGUUAUGUGGAGAUUCCUAAUCUCUCGGAUGAAAAUGACAUUGAGGAAGUUGAGAUCCUUGUCAGCCUUGCUAAAGAUGAGCCUGACACUAACUUGAAGACCUUAAUGAAGCAAGAGGGUGCAAAGAAAAUUAGAGAUGCAAUGAAAACUUACAUCAGCACUCUCAAAACGGAAUUCACCCAGGGCAUGAUUUUGCCCACAGUGAAUGGUGAACAUAUGGAAACAGCACCUCAGGUGGCUCCUAAAGCAGAAGACCGCAAGAUGGCUGCCAAGAGCAGUACUGCCACAUCACAGUCCAAAUCCAUAGGAGUCAAGAUCCCUACCUGUAAGAUCAGUUUGAAGGACACCUUCUUAACAUCUCCUGAGGAGCUCUACCGGGUAUUCGUUACUCAGGAGAUGGUCCAGGCUUUCACCCACGCACAAGCCACCUUGGAGGCCGAUAAAGGAGGCAAGUUUCAGUUGCUGGAUGGCAGUGUCACAGGAGAGUUUGUUGACCUAGUUCCUGAGAAGCAACUUGUUAUGAAAUGGAGAUUUAAAUCUUGGCCAGCUGGGCACUUUGCAACCAUUACCUUGAACUUCAAUGACAAAGGUGGCGAGACAGAAGUGUGCUUGGAAGGCAAGGGCAUUCCUGCCAGUGAAGAAGAAAGAACAAAGCAAGGCUGGCAGCGCUACUACUUCGAGGGCAUUAAACAGACAUUUGGUUAUGGUGCCCGCUUGUUUUAAUACUGAUUGCUGGGAGGCUCUGCCUGAAGACUCUGCCACAUGGACUGAUACAUUUCUCGCCUGUUCCUUUCUAAUCUUGGCCCUGCCGCUGAGUAAAGUGGGAUGACAGGUGAUGAGGAAGGCCAUGGAGCAGCACCAUUUUCAGUCCCUCACUGCUUUGUGCAUGUCUUGUGCUGCAGGGGAUUCUCUUACAUGUACAUACUUCUAUUGCUAAAUAAACCUAACUUAAAAAAACUGUGGAA